AUGGCCGAUUCAUUUAGGAUGCGUUAUAGAAGACGACCAAAAAAAGUGUGGACACAGGAAACUAAUGUUGAUACAGGACUUGAAAAGUCCGAUCGUGAGUUAUCGCCUGCGAAUACAAUCAGCGACAAUACGAAAAGACGAAAAAAGAGAUCGAAUGAUUCCGAUAAUCCAUAUCGUCGACUGUAUGGGCCUGCGCCAUAUCGGUCGUCGAGCGAAUUAAUUGCGCCACCAAUAUCUGGAGGGCCACUAGAGGUGCCUAGCAUUAUAUUUGAAAUCGAGGAAGAACCAACCAGAACAUGGUACUAUUGUCGCUGGACAGUUUAUUGGACAUUGUGGUUGAUAGCAUUUACUCUUGCUUAUUUCCUUAUUUUCCGACGAUAUUAUUGUUCGCUUCUCAUAGAAAUCUGA